GUGAAGUGAAACGCGUCGGGGAACUUAAAAAAUCGUGAAAAAUCAAAAUUUUCAAAGUGUCCGGAUAAUUCCUACGUGCUCACGAGUGAUGUAUCAAAGUUUCGGACAGUUUUAUCCUUAAUACCCUUAAAAAAAAGUGUCUUAUUUGAAUAGACUGAUUUGAGGAGGGUUUCACUUCACCUUAAUCGAAGGCAUGACCACUGAAUUAUCAGAAUUCCUUACAAACGUUGUCUUCCUCCAUUACCGCUUCACGCAGAAUUUAAUCUUAAAUCUGUCUUAAAUUUUAAGGUCAGAGCGGACAAUGAAGGCGAUUUAUCUCUUAUUCUUCGGCAUUGUUGCGGUGAGCGCACAACGACGUCUUGCAUUGCCGGAUCCACGAAGCUGUGCCAAUAGGGUACGUCACGCAAAUUAUCGAGAUGCCAGAGGAGUUGCCCAUACGUAUUUCUUCAGUUGGGAACAUCAACCCACAAGGAACCUCGAAGUGGAUUGGCUGGAUGCUCGCAACAUUUGCCGUCGACACUGCAUGGACGCCGUCUCCUUGGAAACUCCUCAAGAGAACGAGUUCAUUAAGCAGAGGAUCGCACGAGGAAAUGUGAGGUAUAUCUGGACAUCUGGACGCAAGUGCAACUUUAAUGGCUGCGAUCGGCCCGAUCUGCAGCCGCAGAAUAUUAACGGAUGGUUCUGGUCCGGUUCCGGUGCUAAGAUUGGGUCAACCACUCAACGCAAUUCUGGCGAUUGGAGCAACACUGGUGGAUAUGGACAACCUCAACCAGACAACCGCGAAGCUGCUCAGGGUAACGACGAGUCUUGUUUGUCUAUUUUGAACAACUUUUACAAUGAUGGAAUCAAGUGGCACGACGUGGCCUGUCACCAUGUGAAGCCAUUCGUCUGCGAAGACAGCGACGAACUUUUGAGUUUCGUGGCUUCCCGAAACCCAGGGAUCCGUUUGUAAAUUGAAAAUAACACUUUGACAUAAGGCGCGCUAAUGUACGAAUGAAUCACGUCAUUCUAUGAGUAUUGUACUUUUAGUCUUAUUUAUAUUUCACUACUCAGUACUCUCAAUUCGCUCACGUAAAAUAGUUCUUAAGUACACAUCUAUGUAAUAAGAAUAACAUUAGUCACAUGACGUAGCCUCGAAACUGUGCAUACAAUUUUGUAUUUCUUUUCGUACGAAAAUAAAUACUUCAGUAUUUUUAAAGGCAUCGUCUGGAGUUUAUC